AUGGGAAGAGGGAAGAUUGCAAUUAGGAGAAUAGACAACUCAACCAGUAGGCAAGUGACUUUCUCAAAGAGAAGGAAUGGAUUACUGAAGAAAGCAAAAGAGUUGGCCGUCUUAUGUGAUGCUGAAGUUGCUGUUUUCAUCUUUUCUAGCACCAACAAGCUCUAUGAAUUCGCAAGCACCAGCAUGAAAUCAGCAAUUCAACGCUACAAUACAUCAAAAGAAGAAAGCAACCAGCUAGUGAAUCCAACGUCAGACGUCAAGCUUUGGCAAAUGGAGGUAGCAAUAUUGAAGGAACAGUUGAAAAACUUGCAUGAAGCUCACCGCCAACUGAUGGGAGAAUUCUGCGGCUUGGGAGUUGAAGACCUUCAAAACCUGGAAAACCAAUUGGAAAUAAGCCUGCAAGGUAUUCGCAUGAAAAAGGAAGCUAUUCUAACCAAGGAAAUACAAGAACUCACCAAAGAGGGGGGGCUGAUACAUCAAGAAAACGUUGAACUCUACAAAAAGGUUUACGAAGCAAGAGCGUAUGCAACUAUAUGUGAUCAGAAUAAUGGGUUUGCUACCGGUAAUUACUCCAGUGUCAUCCAAACUCCUAGCACGACUACUCUACAGUUAUCUCAAUCUGGGCUUCAGAGGAUUUUCGACGUACCAUUGAGAGGAACAGGAUCACGAUGCAUUGGGUGCACGAUCAAUGCAGGAAAAUAA